GUUUCAUUAUCAAAAUUGUGUACCUUUUUGUAACCCCUUUUGGGACUUGACUCCAUAAUCAUCUUUUGUGAGAGGAAACAGGUCUUUUUUGAUCUGUUCUCUUCUCUCUUCUUUUUUCAUUAACCAGCCAUUAAAAAUGGCUUGGCCACUACUUCUCCUGUUGUUUUCAUCUCUAACUUUUUCACAUGCACAACUCACAUUAGACUAUUAUGCCAAAACAUGUCCACAAUUUGAUGCUAUAGUGAGGGACAUCACCCAACAAAAGCAAAUGCAAUUCCCCACCACCGCGGCCGCUACCCUUCGAGUCUUUUUCCACGACUGCGCUGUUGAUGGUUGUGAUGCCUCCAUCCUUAUCAAACCCACCGCCUUCAACAAACCCGAGCUCGAAUACGACAUCAAUCAAUCCCUCGCCGGCGACGCGUUCGACCUCAUCACGCGCAUCAAGACCGCCCUCGAGCUCGCCUGUCCCGGUGUCGUAUCCUGCGCGGAUAUUUUAGCGACCGCCACACGAAAUCUUGUCGUUCAAACUGGUGGACCCCAUUAUAAAGUUCCACUAGGCCGAAAGGAUAGUCUAGUUUCUAACGUUUCAAACGUGGAAGCGCACCUGACACGUGCAAACGCGACGGUGGACCUAAUGAUCAAGAAAUUUCAACCUAUGGACAUUGAUGUUAAAGAUAUGGUUGUGUUAAUUGGUGGUGGACACACCAUUGGAUUUGUCCAUUGUAAGGAGUUUGCAAACCGAAUUUUCCCCACCCCUGACCCUACAAUGAAUCCAAUAUUAGUUGAGAGAUUAAGAACAAUGUGUGCAAAUUAUACUAAUAACAAAGACAUGGCAGCUUUCCUAGAUGUGAUAUCUCCUGGAAAUUUCGACAAUGUGUUGUUCAAGAAUUUAAUGAAGGGAAUUGGAGUCCUAGGUUCAGACCAAUUACUAUAUAAUGACACUAGAACAAGGCCAUUUGUUGAAUUAUAUGCUAAAGAUAGCAAUGCUUUUGCUACUGAUUUUGCUGUUGCAAUGGAGAAACUAAGUGUAUAUCAAGUCAAGAUUGGUAAUCAAGGAGAGGUGAGGAAGAGAUGUGAUGCUGUUAACAAUGCUCACCCUUGAAAGAGAAUAGAGAAAGAAAAUGCCAUGAAUUUUUUCUAUGGUUUUGUUUGAUUUUUUAAUGAACCAAGAACUCUCCAUUAUGAUGUGUAGAAUUUGUACUUAUGAUGAUGAAUGGUAUAUUGGAUAAGAAAAUCAUUAGUAUUGUGAUUAUUUUUAUCAAUCUAGUGUAAGUUUUGCAUGUUAAACAAUGGGAAUAAUGGGGGUCCCCUUCCUUUCUGAAA